AUGGCGGCGUAUUGCUUUGAGCUGUAACGUAGCUCGUCGAAAUUAUCGCAAAAUGAGCAUUAAGUAAUAAAAGAAUUGUGCCGUAGUAGAUUUUUAAAGCCCAUAUAAACGUCAUGGAACUGUAGGUACAAUAUAAUGCUUGUCGGACACGUAGAGACUCCGUGUGAAGUAGAAACGCACUUCAUUAUAGGUAACAUGUUAGCCUUUGAGCUAGGUUAGCUAACGUUAGCACGGGUUAAAUACAGGCUCUGUUUCAAAAUUUAAAGCAGUUUCUCUUCAAGCCGAAGCAAUGUUGGGAUUUCUGACAGCAAGGCAAGCUGGUCUGGAUGAUCCUCUGCGACUGAGACGUGCAGAGUCAACGAGAAGGGUCCUGGGUCUGAAGUUGAAUCCUGACAGAGAUGUGGACCGAGUUCACGGAAAUGGCGUUAAUACUAUUGACAUUGAUGCAAUCGAGGGAAAACACAUGUUGUCUGGAGGUGCAGAUGGAGUAAUCGUCAUCUAUGACCUGGAGAAUUUCAGUGGGAAACCACAGUACACCUGCAAGGCCGUCUGCACAGUGGGCCGGUCAAGUCGGUAUGUCCACAAAUUCAGUGUAGAGACCGUCCAGUGGUAUCCUUAUGACACAGGGAUGUUUAUCUCCAGCUCCUUUGACAAGACCAUGAAAGUCUGGGACACUGAGACAUUAAAGCCUGCUGAAGUGUUUGAGUUCGAGGGCAAUGUCUACAGUCACCACCUGUCCCCCAUCGCCAGGAAGCACAGUCUCAUUGCAGUUGGCACACAAAACCCUAAAAUCCAGCUGUGUGACCUGAAGUCUGGCUCACGGAUUCAUGUUCUUCAUGGUCACAGAGGAGAGAUCCUGUCUGUGCGGUGGUCACCCAGAUACGAGCACAUCUUAGCCACUGCCAGCGCAGACAGCAAGGUCAAAGUAUGGGAUGUGCGUCGCGCUUCGGGUUGUCUCUUCACUCUGGACCAGCACAAUGGAGACAAGUCGAAAGCCUCCUCUGAAGCAGUAAACACAGCCCAUAAUGGCAGAGUGAACGGCCUAUGCUUCACUGGCGAUGGCCUCUACCUCCUCACUACUGGAACUGAUGACCGAAUGAGACUAUGGAAUAGUGCCACCGGGGAAAACACGCUGGUAAAUUAUGGGAAGGUCUGCAACGAGAGUCGUAAAAGGCUGCAGUUCACAGUGUCCCACGGCUGCAGCCCAGAGUUUGUGUUUGUGCCAUGCGGCAGCUCAGUAGCAGUGUACGCCCUCCACUCAGGAGAACUGGUCACGAUGCUCAGAGGUCACUAUAACAACGUCGACUGCUGUGAAUUUCAUCCAGACUACCAGGAGCUGUACAGUGGAGGCAAAGACUGUAACAUCCUGGCGUGGGUUCCUGUCCUCCGCGCCUCAGAUGUGGAAGAAGAGACGAGUCGAGAAAAUAAGGGUGCCGCCGGCCAGUCCUCGGUGAACCCUGCCUUUCAGGACGCGUGGAGCAGUGAUGAAGACUGAUGUAGAUGUUUUGAAUAUGUGGACAGAGUGAGGUGACUGAGCAUGCAAAUAAACUCGCAUCCAUCACAAAUACUGUCAAGGGAAACCAGUGGAAAUAAUUGUGGGUUUAGAGAAGCUGCUGACGCUGACAAAAGCCUUAAAUCUUAAGUGAAAUGUGUACAUAAUUGUCUGACUUUGUGUUUUUUUUCAUGUGUUUUUUGUACAUUUGAUAUCACGAUGCUUGCUAUUGUCACUUUGCUUUUUUUUUUUUUUAAAUUGAAAGUAAAUCCAACAGUGAGUUUCACAUUGUUGAUUCUUCUUAACCUGUUUCCAAGCAAUUCAUCAUUUGGGGGUAUCUUCCAUUAUUUGUGCAAAAACACAAAAUGAAUUCAUCUGUAUUGCAGGUAUUAUAAUGACACUAUAUUGUACAUUUUGUAAUAAUCAUGAAAAGUUUUGGUAAACAGCAGCAUUUCUAAGCUUUUUAAAAA